AUGUACGGCAUGCUUGCGAGAGUGAACCAACUGAUCAUUGUCACUUAUAAAAUCUUAUUCUUCUUUGCUGGAAUCUUUGGGAACGCUUGUCUGAUCUAUAUGAUCGCAAAAAAGAAGACACUUCAAACAAAAUCCUCAAUUCUCCAAGCCGUUCAGAGUUUCUGUCACAUCAUCUGUCUAGCUGGAACUCAAGUGGAUACCGUACUUACUAUUCUGGAUAUCCAACUUCCACGGAGUCAGUGCUAUCCGAAAGUUUCAACUUACACAUUCUUUGAAACGGUUCAAUCAAUGAUUAUGUUAUUUCUUGUCAUAGAUAUUCUAAUCAUUGUCAAAUUCCCAAGAUUCUAUCACACUUUCUCAACAACCAAAUAUAUUAUUCUGGCUCUCAUUCCAGCUAUAACGUGUGGAAUGGUAUUUUUCGUGUGGGGAUUUGUUGGUACUAAUGAUGAAAUCGUGAUUUUCUGCAACCCUCCUCUAGGUCACAAGCAGCGUGGUGAUUCUUGGAAAGUCAUGAAACGUCUUCAGCUAUCCGUUGCGAUUUUUGUCUGCUCGUGGUUUAUUGCUCAGUCUUCAAAUUCUGUUUUUAUUGCAAUCGGAAUCACAGGGGAGACUUUCAACUUUCUGGUCGCAAAUGUGUCCUUCUUCGUGCUUCUAUCAUUCAGCCAAACGUUCUACGUUGUCAUCUGGAAAUCCAAAGAAUACCGUACCCACUUUCUAUCCUUGUGGUGUGGAAGAUCGUUUGCAUCUCGUGAUGUCACUGGAGCAGGCUCUUCUAUGAAGAUCAACCAACCUGUGACGACCUCUAGAAUUUUCUAA